AUGCGUUUUCUAGCUGAUAUCGAGGAGCGCUUCUGCAAAAGCGAGAUCAUGAAAAGUCGCUUCCGGUCUCAUGAGAGUGUGGUGGAGUUCAAGGAAAAGUGGAACAUCGACGUAUACUUCCAGCUUCGAGCAUCUCAAGUCGCUUCAAGUGUAGAAAAGUCUUUUGGGUUGAAACGUGAAGAUUCGGCCUCGUUGGAUUCACUAUACGGCAGUGUGUCCAUCAUUGCUGACACAUCGACAUUAGGGUUCGAGAACUCAAAGUGUUUGUGGAAAGCACUUCAAGAGUGCUGGAGUGAGUGCAUCUUCCUGGCACCUCUGCUUCCCAACUUCUGCAAACUUAGCAUACAGCUUUUCGCGUACUAUAUUGGCAUAUGGAAGGAGCCGUUGCAGAAUGCCGUCAGGGUACUUAACAGUGGAACCAAGGUAGAUUUUAGUUCUGUGCCGCUUUGUUGUUUGAGUACGGAAGGAGAUCUAUUGCUUGCUGGAAGCGACUUUCGCGUGCUUUACAAAAAGAUUUCUCAAGAUCUCUUAGCAAUUGUAAGGAAUCACGUCGACGACUUCAUAGACGAUAGCCAAGCCUUCGUGACCGAACUUUUGCAACAGGUAUGCUUGCCGAAUGCGCGUCUUCUCGCCGUCCGACCAGCAUUUUCAAUUUUUACUCCAUAUGUACUUCAAUAG